AUGGCUCAGAAUCAGCUUGAAGAAUACGUCUGUGUCACACGCGAGAUCAACGCCCCUAUAUCAACGCCCCUAUCGCCGAGUCUCUCUGUUGAAGGCUUUGGUAUCGGCAGCAUUCGCACUUUUGACUACGAGUAUCCUGAAGGAGAGCAUAAGGCAGAGCACUAUACAUUCUCAGAGGAGAUGACCGAAGUUGACGCGGCGAACCACUCUAUGAAGUUCAGAGUGCGUAGGCCUGACUAUCCUGAUGUGAUCGCCUAUGGAACUACGGUUCUGGAUUUUUUGGGACCCAACAAGAUGCAAUUCCGUUGGCUUGCGAAUGGCAGCCCAUUGCCUGAUGCGUACAUGACAAAUCUUCGAAAAGAUCUCGCCUUUCGAUUCAACCAACUUAUUGAUAUUAUUGCUGCUGUAGUAGAGUCAAAGUGA